AUUUUCUCAUUCAAAAACUUUUUUAGCGUCCGGAUUGUCAAUCGUAUUCAUUUCAGUGUUCUGUGUCAUCAGUGUUUGUUUUUUGUGUGAAGGGCGUGGUCUGGGAGCGAAUUAAACUCGUAUCUCAAGUUUAUCUAACUUUACUUUUGGUGGGGUGAGCUUUUAGGAGAGUCAAAACACGUCACAGUUUUCCCAGCGCAUUGCUUUCACAUGAUUUUGCUGGAUUCACGCCAUCUUGUUUGACUUGGCUGGAGCCGGACGGAAAGGUCGGGAUUGGACUCGUCCCAUCGCAUUCGGGACAGGUGUCGCAGGUGCGCGCGUACCUCGCUCUUUUGAGCACAAGUUGCACUUUUAUCCAUAUUUUGCCGGCAGAAGAGGAAGCGUUUCAGCGCGUUCCGGGCAACUCUCACCUAACAUUUAGCACUCGGCGGAAGCGCUUUGGCUCACCUUCCACACACGUCUGGCUAUUUUUAAACAUCACACACACACACAUACGCACUUCACUGUCUACGACCCAGCCCAGCAAACUUUUUGGGCUAAAGAUGAAUAAAGAACCAAUUGAUUCGUUAUUUUCUAUCAGUCGGACUAAAUUGUAGCCUUUCAAGUACGAGCAUCUGCAUGAACAUGUUUCGGAAAGAAAAAGGCUCAGCGGCGACACCGACGCUUCCGCCGCGGCCCAGCAAACAGGCCGGGACGGACGAAAGUGAUUUGGGUCGCGUCCCGGGAGGCUCCGGUGCAAACCUUGACUCGCAGGAGCAGGCCAUGCUGAUGACAGGCGGGGCUCAACAGGGAAGUAACCAGAAACCUGCAAGUCUCCCAAAGUCCAAGAGGACUCGGGUGAUGGACGUGAUGCAGAAAGUCAACCCCUUCAAGGCUUCAUCACAGGCGCCUCCUCUCUCACAGACUCCUUCCACAGUCACUGCUGACUCAACCGAAAUGGGAACUGACUCAACACAGAAUCCGGGAAUGCUUAAAGGGAUGAUUCAGAAAGUCAAUCCGUUCAAGUCUUCAACACAGGCGGCUGACAAGGAUUCUCAGGAGGAGUCUACAGAAACCCCACAGACGGAUGGACUAGAUGGAAAACAGAAUCCCGGAAUGCUUGCGAGUGUCAUGCAGAAGGUCAACCCGUUCAAAUCAUGGCAGUCAAAGCCCGACGCAGCCUCCAGCCAAGGAAGUCCAACGGAUCUCAGCAACCUGCAUGAUAAGACGACAGAGACAGCACACGAGGAGACGGACUCUGUGCAGCAGGACGUGGCAUCGUUACCCGACUCCGAGAGGUCGGGCACCCCUUCUGUUGGUCACGAGGAGCAUCCAAGCAACGCUGAGCCGAGCCGCCGUGCGACCGAGCAACCAAAGAAAAGAAAGAAGACCUUCAGACUCAAAAGAAUUCUGCCCGCUUCGUUCUUUGGCUCCGGAGCCAAGGAUUCUGAUGCUCGCACUCAGGAGGUGGAGGUGCAAACGCUGGAGAUGGCCGACUUGCCCUCGUUGGACGAAGCCGGCGCUGACGACCCGCUGGAGGAUGAAGGCGGACUCUUGGCAUGGUGGAGAACAGUUGACGGCUGGGCCGAGUGGAACGAGACCACCCAAGACCACCAGUCUGAAGAGGUGGUGGAAGAAGCGGCGGACCGUGUGUACAUGGCAGCGCGCCUGUUUGUCCGCUUGUUCAACCGGCGUGGUGCCUCGCUGCAGCAGCGCGUCUUGGCGCUGCUGGCGCUGGCCGACGCCGCCGACAACUUCCACAAGAAGACGGUUUCGGCCAGCGUGGGCGGCGGCGUGGCCGGCGUGGCCGGCUCUGUCACCACCAUCACCGGACUCAUCUUGGCCCCCUUCACGGCCGGAACGUCACUCAUCGUCACGGCCGUGGGCAUCGGCGUUGCCACGGCGGGCGGCAUCACCUCCGCCUCUGCCAACAUCACCGACACGGUGCAUUCCAAGACGGACCGCAAGAAGGUGGAGAAGAUGAUCCAGGACUACCAGGAGGAGAUGAACGACAUCAAGGAGUGUCUGCAGUUCUUGGAGGAAGGGAUGGAAACUCUGGAGGAGUGGAACUUUGAGCAGUACGCCCAGAGCAUCUCCCAGAAGCAUCUGAACCAGAACGUCAAGCACGUCAUGAAGGAGGGCGGCCGGGCCGGCAAGGCUUUGGUCAUCAACACUGAGAGCCUGAUCAACACCGUCCAGAUUCUCAGCGUGGCGGGCGGUGCUGCCAAAGCCGCUCAAGUCAUAAGUGUCACCACCGGGGUCAUGUCAGGACUCUUCCUUGCGCUCGACAUCUUCUUCUUGGCAAAGGACUCAAUGGAGCUGCGGAAGGGCGCCAAGACGGAGUUUGCCGCCAAAAUCCGAGAGGUUUGCAAGGACCUCCAGGAUGGGCUCCUGGAGCUGAACCGCAUCAAGGAAGAGUUGCAGAAGACAAUGGACGGCAUCCAGGUGGAGGAAGAGGAAGAGGAUGAUGACUUCAAGUCAGAGCUAAAGAAACUUAUUGAGCUGGAGGAGUGACCAAACCUGGCUACAGCUGCCAAGCUUUACAUUGCUUGUCUUUUUAAUUUUCUUUCAAUAAAACGGUGAUUCUUCUGACA